AUGAAGCGACACCGUGGGCCCUCCUCUGGUCUUCGAAUUGAGGCGUUUCUUGACAACUUCUUCUUCUGCCCAUCUUGUACAGCCUGGAGAAGGACCAAACCUCCACGAUGGACAGCUAUCUCCGGCUCCAGCUCCAAGAGCAGAAACAGCAGUCGUCGGCAUGCCUCAACUUCCGCUUCAACCCUGAUCUCCACCACCGCCGUAAACGCGCAAAAGCCCGUCCCUCCGCGGUAUAGACCUCUUUACGAGUCCCUCCUCGAUGUACGGAAGAGGGCGUCUGCCCACGUCAAUCUCAGUCGACUACAACUUGCCCUUCAAGGGCUCGAAUCCGAAACUCCAGUCACCAGGGUAGCCAUUUUGGGAUUGAAUGCACAAGAUACAGCAAACAGGGUGGUCAGGCUGCUGCUCGCGGACGCGUUGGAAGACGAAGGGAGCUGGGAGCGGGAGCUGGUGAAAAGUGCUAGUAGCGGAGACUUCAGUCGAGGCGUCUUGAUACGUUAUGGACGGGCGCCGAAUCCAAAUCUUCCUCAGCCGAAGACAAGCAUUCCGGUGCUACACGUACCAUCGAACAUACUCGAGAGGAACAAUAUGGAGCUUCUGGUAUCGAGCGUCAGUGUUCCCCGAAACGGUGAGCUAUUGCAAGGCGCACAAACAGUGACUUCAGAUGCAUUCCUAUCACCUUCAAUUGGAACUCCCACCGCUGCGACUGGAAGACAGACGACUAUCAGCCAACCAGUGCAUAGCUGUCUGCUGGUCACAGGAGGAUUGGACGGGCUCAUGCUGGCUGCAGAGUUAUUGGCAUCUACAAAUUUUACAGCCCUGGAAGAUCGGGAAUCUGUGAGUUUGGUCGUCGAGCUGAAAGACUUCAGAGAGAAAACCCAAGGACAGGUCUUAGUCGUGGAUGCCGCAAAGGCGGAGGAGGGACUGGCGGCAAUUCGAAGAUCUAUAGGGGAAGCAACUGAAUACGAACACAAAUGGGUCGACUCAGGCAUGCCGCUGUUGUCAAGCUGGCUCACAUUGGCCUCAGCUGCGAGAUCUGAAGGUCCCAUCCCGGCACCUGUGAAAGCUCUGAUUUCCUCUCUGCUGACAACUGCCAUGACCAACUUGCAAGUUCAAGCUUCAUUAGAAACCCGAUCGAAUGCAGCUCGAAGUUUGAGCCAGGCAGCACGAGCCAACCUCGAAGACGCCAUCGAAGGAUUCUCUCGUAACGCCCACCAAGAGCUCCAAUCUGGACUCGCAUCGGCUUGGAGCUCCCAUAACUGGCGGAAGUUGGCUUGGUACAAGCUGUUCUGGCGUGUGGACGACGUGGGUCUAAUCAUUACGGACCUUAUCACAAACGCCUGGCUUCCUCGUACUGAGCGCGCGGUCUAUGAACUUUCUGGUCGACUGUCUCAAGCGGGCAUCUCGCCCAUGGAUGCCUUUCCUUCGCUGCCACAGGAAGGAAACCUAACGAUGUCCAAGGCAGAACCAGAACAUCUCACAGAGCCCACGCCAGUACUGCAUGCGCAAGCUAGCGUUGCGACCGAACCCCCUUUGCGGGCAGUCCUGGUCAACACCACUGGUACGGCCGAAGUCGAGAUGACCCCUAUCCCUCAACCCAUGCCUUUGUCUUCUUCGAUAUCCAAGACUCGCUCUGAGCAUAUGCAACGUGCGAUUGCGGAUCUCACUAGCACAGCUCAGCAGAUUGUGCUCAAAACCCUUUCAAUCACAGGUCUAUCUGGCGGUCUCUCGGCCCUGACCUACCUUUCCAUCACACCCGGAAGUAUGUAUGAAGCUGGCACAAUAGCAGCGUUGGGUACGGCUUACGCCUUGUGGCGGAUGCAGGGAGAUUGGUUCAAGGCUACAAAGGCAUUGGAGCACAGCUUGUACGACGAAGGCAGGACUGUCAUCCAGAGAAUUGUGGGCAGGAUGGAGGAGCUGGUGGACACUGCCAGUCGAGUUGUAGAGGAUGAGGUCGAAGUGCAGAGUCGUCGCCAGGCUGAGGAUGCUGUCACAAGAGCCAAGGAGGAAUUAGAUCGACUUCAGAAGUGA